AUGGAGGCGCUUUCGACGGCGAUCAAGCCGCCGCUGAUUCUCCCGGCGACGACGGCGGCUCGAUGCGAUCAGAGUGUGCUUUCCUUUGGGUCGCUCAGGAGUCCAAGCGCAUAUCAUGGUCGGAUGAGGAGGCGAGUCGUGGCGAAUGCUCGGCCGGAGAGUCGCGUUUCUACCCCUCCGGCCAUUGAUUUCGGCGAUCCCGACUGGAAGUCCAAGUACCAGAGGGAAUUCGAGGCGCGCUUCAGCCUUCCCCAUAUCAAGGAUAUCCUGCAGGACGCCGUUUCGUAUCCUUCCCCUUUCCGUCUCCGAAUGAGGACGCCUUUAAGUCCUGAUGUUGCGGAAGGUUAUCGAUCGGAUGAUGAAUGGCACGGAUAUAUAAACAACAAUGACAGAGUACUGCUCAAGGUGAUACACUAUUCCUCUCCUACAUCUGCGGGUGCCGAAUGCAUUGAUCCAGGCUGUACAUGGGUGGAACAAUGGGUUCACCGUGCUGGACCACGAGAAAAAAUAUACUUUAAACCUGAAGAGGUAAAAUCAGCAAUUGUUACCUGUGGAGGUCUUUGUCCUGGUCUCAAUGAUGUAAUACGGCAGAUAGUCAUCACUCUUGAGAUAUAUGGUGUUAAAAAAAUUGUGGGAAUUCCUUUUGGCUAUCGGGGGUUUUCUGACAGUAGUUUAUCUGAAAUGCCGUUAUCGAGGAAAGUCGUCCAAAAUAUCCACCUAUCAGGAGGAAGCAUGCUAGGAGUCUCCCGUGGAGGGCCUACUAUUAGUGAAAUUGUGGACAGUAUGGAGGAAAGAGGGAUUAAUAUGCUCUUCGUGUUGGGUGGAAAUGGUACACAUGCUGGGGCCAAUGCCAUACACAAAGAGUGCGGCAGAAGACGAUUAAAGGUAGCUGUAGUCGGUGUGCCAAAAACCAUAGACAACGAUAUUCUGCUUAUUGAUAAAACAUUUGGUUUUGAUACUGCUGUUGAAGAAGCACAAAGAGCAAUCUACUCUGCAUAUAUUGAGGCACACAGUGCUUAUCGUGGUAUUGGCGUAGUGAAACUGAUGGGCCGUAAUAGUGGAUUUAUAGCUAUGCAGGCAUCCCUUGCUAGUGGACAAAUUGAUAUAUGCUUGAUUCCAGAGGUGCCAUUUAAUCUUCAUGGACCUAAUGGUGUCCUAAGCCACCUAAAGUACCUCCUUGAGACAAAAGGAUCUGCUGUUGUCUGUGUUGCAGAGGGAGCUGGACAGGAUCUCGUUAAGAAAACCAAUGCUACAGAUGCUUCAGGGAAUAUCAUACUAGGAGAUAUCGGUGUGCAUAUACAGCAGGAGACCAAGAAAUUCUUCAAGGAAAUUGGGUUUCCAGCAGACGUGAAAUACAUCGAUCCUACUUACAUGAUCCGUGCAUGCCGUGCAAAUGCCUCGGAUGGAAUUCUCUGCACUGUUCUUGGCCAAAACGCUGUUCACGGUGCAUUUGCUGGGUAUAGUGGCAUCACAGUAGGAGUAUGCAAUACUCACUACGUCUAUUUUCCCAUCCCCGAAGUCAUUGCCCAGCCCAAAGUGGUCGACCCCAACAGCCGGAUGUGGCAUCGUUGUUUGACGUCAACGGGCCAACCGGAUUUCAUCUAA